AUGUCAUACCCACCUGACGCCGAUGCGCUCCUUGCCAUGUCAAACACGAUAUCUGAGCAAGUUCGCAAGUAUACAGACAUGCAGCAGGCUUGCAAUGGGAGUUCUGGUGACCUUUCCUCUCGACCAGGACAAAGGCUACAAGAGCAGGCUGAGGCAGUAGCGCGAGAAUGCAGCAAGCUUCAGGCUCUCGUGUCAGAGCCCAAUCACUGGGUGGUUCAAGCCGCCUGGUCAUACUGCGAUAGCGUCGCUCUCUCGAUCGUCAUCGAGAUGGGUAUCCCGGCGCUGAUUCAACCAGGUGGGGAAGGGGUAACUUUGUCUUACCUCGCUGGCUGCACGAAGGCAUCGCCAGCUCUAAUCAAGCGAGUCAUGAGGCAAUGCCUAAACCGGUUCAUAUUCGCGGAAUGCAGCGCCGGAAAGUAUCAUCAUAAUCAGCAUUCUCUCCAAUUGCUUGAUGGCAAUUUUGGCAGCCUCAUUCAUUAUCUAGUUGAUGAUGGCUUGCUCUGUGGCGCCUAUCUCGCUCGUACUGCUGGCCAGACUGGCUAUCAGAUACCAGAGAGUCCUACAGAAGCUGCAUUUGGGAAAGCUUUCCGGACAAAGCUUUCCCUGUACGAGUACUACCACUCUGUUGACACAGAUCGGGGCCAGCGCUUCUCACGGGCAAUGGCUGGUCAUUACGACAGCCCCCUGGACAUGCCGAUCGAGUUAGUAUUCCCGUUUGACGACCUCGCGGACGGGUCUACGCUUGUCGAUAUUGGGGGUGGCAACGGCCAGAAUGCCAUCCGCCUGGUCACUUCGUACCCUCAGCUAUCUGCCGUGGUUCAGGAUCACAAAAGCGUCGUGUCCAUGGCUGAAAGUACGGUGAAGGAAAAGCUUGAUGAGAAAAUAGCCUGUCGAAUCACCUGGGAGGCUCACAAUUACUAUACUGAGCAACCCCGGAAGGGAGCUGCUGUGUACCUGUUGAGCCACGUCUUGAUGGACAACAGCGACGAAAAUUGCGUCAAAAUGAUCCGGGCCAUUGCCCAGGUCAUGGGCCCAACGUCCAAGCUGCUGAUUCACGACUUUGUGGACCUUCCAAGAGCCGUUGAGGAUGGUCCUCGUUUACUUGACAUGCUGGACUUACACAUGAUUGCAAGUCUCAAUACUUACUCCCGCAGCGAGGCCGAGUUUGACGCUCUGAUUGAACGCGCCGCUGGAGGGCUGGGCCUGGCAAGGCACAGGACGUGGCGGGGAAGAGGAGGGUCGGCAGUGCUUGAGGUGCACCUUCAGGCUACGGGGUAG